AAUAUCAGCUCAAUAGUUUUCAACAUUAUAAAUCAGAUUAUUAGAACGAUUAACUGAAGGAUCAUGUUAAACUAGUAAUACUGAAGUUCAGCACAGCAUCACGGGAAUAAAUUAUGUUAAUGUAAAUUAAAACAGAAAACCACAAUUUUAAAUUGUAAUAAUAUUUAACACUUUUUUCUAUAUUUUUCAUUGCAUAAACGCAGCUUUGACGAACAAAAAAAAGUCUUAAAAAAUCUUACUGAUCCCAAACUUUUGAACAACAGUAUAAAUAUAGAGCUUUUACUUUAAUGAUAAUCAAAAACUAAACAGAAGGAACGAUUUCAGUGUUAAUUAGUCGUCUUUUGACGUUCAACCGAUGUCUCUUUAAGGAAUAAUAUGCGACGGCGUUCAGAGCAAGAGCAAGCCCCGCCCCCUGACGCUGCGUGCGCGCGCGCUCCCGCGGCAGUUGAACGGAGGCUGCUGAUCUCAGUUAACGUCUGUCCGAGUCUCCGGAUCCUGAUCCGGAUGAGGUUCGGUUCUUCCGCCGCUCCGCAGCGUGACAGCUGGAUUCGGGUCAAUCCGAAUUACGAUGCGGUUCGGUUCGGGUCUCCAUGACAACAGGAUCAGCGGCGGGCAGCGUAAAUGGCUUUGACAGCGUUUGUGAGCGUGGAGCCGUGCGAUGGCCGCUCGGAGAAGCAGACGAGUGGAGCUUUGACGGUGUGCCUGUACCGAGACGAGCCGAACGCUCUGACCUAUCCGGCCGGAGAAUACGUGACCGAAGAGCUCUGCAUCAGCGCAGCCAAGGAGUGCGGUGUCAGCCCCCCGUACUGCAGUCUGUUCGGACUGAUGAGAGCGCGAGACCGCGUCUGGCUUCCGCCCAAUCACAUCCUCAAGAUCGAUGCCUCGGCCAAUGAGACGCUGCUGUUCCGGAUCAGGUUUUAUUUUCCAGGCUGGUACGGCAGCGGCUCGAGCUCGGCCCGCAGGUACGGCGUCUGUAAGAGCUCGGAGACACCCGUUCUCGAUGACAUCACUGCAGCGUACCUGUUCGCUCAGUGGAGGUCAGAUUUUCUGAGCGGCGCCGUCAGCGUUCCCAUCAGCUUGGAGUUUCAGGAAGAGUGCUUGGGAUUGGUUGUUCUCGAUAUGAUGCGUAUGGCCAAAGAAAAGGCCAAGUCACUGGUCGACAUCUACAACCACAACAGCUAUAAGUCGUUCCUCCCGAAGAACAUGCGAGAGCACAUCCAGAACCAGCACUUCGUGACUCGAAAGAGGAUCCGCUUCCGCUUCAGGAGGUUCAUCCAGCAGUUCAGUUCCUGUAAAGCCUCGCCGCGAGACCUGAAGCUGAAGUACGUGGUCAGUCUGGAGACGCUGGAGCCGGCCUUCUACACCGAGCAGUUCGAGGUCAGCGAGCCUUCUGCUGGAGACGUGUCCAUCCUCGUCAGUGGGAGCCGUGGGAUCCGCUGGAGUCGAGCCGCAGAGGCCAGGGACCGAGAGGCUCUGCAGGUUUACUGUGAUUUCUCAGAAGUCAUCGACAUCAGUGUGAAGCAGGGCAGUAAAGACGGGUCAGUGGAGAACCGGAUCGUGUCCAUCAACAGACGGGACGGUCAGACUCUGGAGCUGGAGUUUCAUUCUCUGAGUGAGGCGCUGUCCUUCGUCUCGCUGAUUGACGGCUACUACAGACUGACCACUGACGCGCAUCACUACCUGUGUAAGGAGGUGGCUCCCCCCAGACUCCUGGAGGAGAUUCAGAUCGGCUGCCACGGGCCAGUGUCGACUGAGUUCACCAUCAGCCGCUUGCGUCGAUGUGAAAACCACAGAGGUGUUUAUAUCCUGAGGUGCAGCCCGAAAGAUUACGACCGGUACUUCCUGUCCUUCGUGGUCGAGUCUGAAGGUCAGCUGGAGUUCAAGCACUGUCUGGUGGCCCGCUCUCUUUCGGGAGAGUUGGUGCUCAGCGGAGCUAAAUGCAGCUUCAGCAGUCUGGGUGAAUUACUGCAGCACUACCAGAAGGAGGCGCUGCGCUCCGACAGACACGUGUUCCAGUUCAGCCGCCGCUGUCCGCCGCGCAGCAAAGAUAAAUCCAAUCUGCUGGUGUGUAGAAGCAGUCAGAGCUCGAACGCCUGUCUCUCUCCAUCUGAGCUCAGACACGUCAACCAGAUGAUCUUCCACAAGAUCCAUAAAGAAGAUCUGCAGAGGAAGGAGAGUCUGGGUCAGGGAACGUUCACGCAGGUCUUCCGUGGCGUCCGGACAGAGCUCGGUGAUUACGGAGAGAUUCACAAGAUGGACGUGGUGCUCAAAGUCUUGGAUAAAACCCACCGCAACUACACGGAGUCGUUCUUCGAGUCUGCGAGCAUGAUGAGCCAGCUAUCCCACAAACACUUGUUGCUGAACUACGGUGUCUGUGUUUGUGCUGACGAGCACAUCAUGGUGCAGGAGUAUGUACGCUUUGGCUCUUUGGACACGUACCUGAAGCGAAACCGCAACACCAUCAACAUCACCUGGAAGCUGGAGGUGGCUAAGCAGCUAGCAUGGGCGCUACAUCACCUGGAGGAGAAGAACCUGAUCCAUGGAAACGUCUGCGCCAGGAACGUUCUGGUGACGCGAGAAGAAGACAGAAAAACAGGAACGUCUCCGUUCGUCAAGCUCAGUGAUCCGGGGAUCAGCAUCACCGUCCAACCCAGAGAGCUUCUGGUGGAGCGGAUCCCGUGGGUUCCUCCCGAGUGCGUGAAGGACAGCAGGAGCCUGAGUCUGGCAGCAGAUAAGUGGAGCUUCGGCACCACGCUGUGGGAGAUCUACUGCAGCGGAGAACAUCCGCUCGCCGGCUACGACAGCUGCAAGAAGCUGCUGUUCUACGAAGACAAGCACCAGCUCCCUGCUCCGAAGUGGACAGAACUGGCCAGCGUGAUCAACACCUGCAUGGAGUACGAGCCUCUGCAGCGGCCCUCGUUCAGAGCCGUCAUCCGAGACCUCAACAGCCUCUUCACGCCCGACUACGAGCUGCUGGUGGAGAGCGACACGGUUCCCAGCAGGCAUCGGGCCCUGGGUCUCACCGGAGCCUUCCAGAACCAGGAACCCACUCAGUUUGAGGCCAGACACCUGAUCUUCCUCCAGCUGCUGGGGAAGGGGAACUUCGGCAGCGUGGAGAAGUGCCGCUACGACCCUCUUCAGGACAACACGGGUGAAGUGGUGGCGGUGAAGAAGCUGCAGCACAGUACGGCUGAACACCUGCGUGACUUUGAGCGGGAAAUCGAGAUCCUGCGCUCGCUGCAGCACGAGAACAUCGUCAAGUACAAGGGAGUGUGUUAUAGUGCCGGGCGUAGGAACUUGCGUCUGGUCAUGGAGUUUUUGCCGUUCGGGAGUUUGAGAGAUUAUCUUUCAAAAAACAAGGAGCGUUUCGAUCACACAAAGCUGCUGUUGUACGCGUCUCAGAUCUGUAAGGGGAUGGACUACCUGGCGUCCAAGCGCUACGUCCAUCGAGAUCUGGCCACCAGGAACAUUCUGGUGGAGAGCGAGUUUCGCGUGAAGAUCGGAGACUUCGGCCUGACUAAAGUUCUUCCUCAGGAUAAGGAGUAUUACACCGUCCGCGAGCCAGGCGAGAGCCCUAUAUUCUGGUACGCUCCAGAGUCUCUGACUGAGAGCAAGUUCAGCGUGGCGUCGGACGUCUGGAGUUUCGGAGUCGUUCUCUACGAACUCUUCACAUACAGUGACAAGAGCUGCAGUCCUCCAGCUGUGUUUAUGGAGCAGAUGGGCGAGGACAAGCAGGGUCAGAUGAUCGUUUAUCACCUGAUCGAUCUGCUGAAGCGCAGCUAUCGUCUGCCGGCUCCAGACGGCUGUCCGGCCGAGGUUCACCAGCUGAUGAAGGAGUGCUGGGCGGCAGAGCCGGGCGAUCGGCCCUCGUUUAGAGAUCUCGCCGAGAGAGUCGAGUCCAUCCAGGACAGCAAGAUCUUCUGACAGUGUCCCGACGCGCUGAACGACCCUUCAGGAAUAACGGAAAGGAAGCGGAAAUAGGAUGAUGCCCCUAAUAGGGCCCUAUGAUUACCAAAUCACGGAAUCCAUUCAUAAAAACCUAAUUUACCGUAAACACUGAAUGUCAUGGAAGUGGUCCAAGUUUAGAUGAAUGAAUCCAAAAAUAGUUCGUUAAACUUUAAUCUAAUUGCGAUAUGGACUAGUAUUUGUAAAUAUUAGCUUAAAAAAAGCUUGGUUUAGCAAAACUUUGGGUGCUAAAACUUUGGUUUAGUUUGAAACCAUUGUGCUAGAAAUAUAUUAAUAUUGUUCAGAAGACUGUACAUACUACUAAUACAAAAGAUAUUUGUAAAAAUUGUUUUUUAAAGAAUAAAUGGCA